AUGACACCAAUACUUUUUGAAGCUCUUCGUGUUGGUAAUGUACCUCUUUGUAAUAGGAUAGCUGUGUCGUCAAUGAGCACAUACAAUGCUAACCCUAAUUCACACACAGUCACAACGACACAUAUUUCACAUUAUUCGCGUCUCGCAGCACAACAUCCUGGUCUAGUUGUCUUGGAGAGCACUUCUGUUAGUAAAGACGCAAUUUUCCAUGAAGGAGAUUUAGGAAUAUGGAACGAAGAACAAGCAAGAGGACUUAAAGAAGUGGUCGAUGCAAUACACAAACAUAAUGUACCAUGCUGUAUCCAAUUGAACCAUCCCGGACGUAAAUCUAUAGGCAAUUGUGUUGUAGCACCUUCGGAAAUUCAUUAUAUGGAAAAUUUCCCUAAAGAUAAAGCCGAUGCUGGGAAGUACAAGAUACCACAUGCAUUGACAAGAAACGAAAUCGACGAAAUUAUAGAUGUCUACGUCUUGGCUGCAAAGCGUGCAGCAAGCGUGUGUGGCGCUGACAUUAUCGAGAUUGCUUGUUGUAACGGCAAUCUAUUACAUCAAUUUAUAAGCAAAAAUUGCAAUUUGAGAGAUGAUGAGUAUGGAAUCUUAAAGAGCGAUAUCAAUAAUCUUGAUCAAACAGGCGGAACAAGUAUUUUGCUAAAAAUAAUCAAAUCUAUUCGACAAAAAAUUUCAACACCUUUAUUCGUAAAACUAGCAAUAUGCGACAAUAUUUUCAAGAAUGAGAUAUUGGACGACACAUUGCAAUUAUGUCAAGCACUAAGCAAGAUAGUCGACUUAAUUGACGUCACAUCUGGUGGGAUAUCACCACAAUCGCAGCCUAGAUAUUUGCUCAACAACGACAAAGAUAUUCCGGGACAGGUUCCAUUAGCCCAACUAGUUAAACAAAACACAUUAGGAACUAAAUGCUUUAUCGGAUGCAGCGGAGGCCUAAACCACAAUAUCAAGCAGCUUAAUCAGUACGUAAAACUGGGUCAAUUUGAUAUUGCAUUUAUAGGCAAAGCUUUUAUGGAACAAUCAAAUUUCAUGGAAACAAUACUUGAUAAAUUUUAA